AGCUCCCCCUUUCCCAAGGUAUUUAAAAGUGAAUUUGCUUUCUGCCAACUGUGAGAAGAAAACAUUGAAAAGCCAUCUCCUGGCAAAGAGGAAGUGAAGGAGAGAAGAUGACAGGGCGUGCCAGAGCACGGGCAAGAGGAAGGGCUCGCGGUCAGGAGCUGGCGCAGCACGUGGGUGCCGCCACAAGUCAGCAACCUGGUUAUGUUCCGCCCAGAACUCAGCAACCGCCAGCAGAAGGGGAGUUUGGUGGCCGAGGACGGCAGAGAGGAACGCCAGGAGCAACGGCCAAAUCACAAGAACUCCAGAUAUCUGCUGGAUUUCAGGAGUUAUCCUUGGCUGAGAGAGGAGGUCGUCGUAGAGAUUUUCAUGAUCUUGGUGUAAAUACAAGACAGAACCUAGACCAUGUUAAAGAAUCAAAAACAGGUUCUUCAGGUAUUAUAGUGAGGUUGAGCACCAACCAUUUUCGACUGACAUCCCGUCCCCAGUGGGCCUUGUAUCAGUAUCACAUUGACUAUAACCCACUGAUGGAAGCCAGAAGACUCCGUUCAGCUCUUCUUUUUCAACACGAAGAUUUAAUUGGAAGGUGUCAUGCUUUUGAUGGAACGAUUUUAUUUUUACCUAAAAGACUCCAGCACAAGGUUACUGAAGUGUUUAGUCAGACCCGAAAUGGAGAGCACGUGAGGAUAACAAUCACUCUAACAAAUGAACUCCCACCCACAUCACCAACUUGUUUGCAGUUUUAUAAUAUUAUAUUCAGGAGGCUUCUGAAGAUCAUGAAUUUGCAACAAAUUGGACGGAAUUAUUAUAACCCAAGUGACCCAAUUGAUAUUCCAAAUCAUAGGUUGGUGAUUUGGCCCGGCUUCACUACUUCUAUUCUUCAGUAUGAAAACAACAUCAUGCUUUGCACUGAUGUCAGUCAUAAAGUCCUUCGAAGUGAAACUGUUUUGGAUUUCAUGUUCAACUUAUAUCAUCAAACUGAAGAACACAAAUUUCAAGAACAAGUUUCUAAAGAACUAAUAGGUUUAAUAGUUCUUACCAAGUAUAACAAUAAAACAUACAGAGUCGAUGACAUUGACUGGGACCAGAAUCCCAAGAGUACCUUUAAGAAAGCGGAUGGCUCUGAAGUCAGCUUCUUAGAAUACUACAGGAAGCAAUAUAACCAAGAAAUCACAGACUUGAAGCAGCCAGUUCUGGUCAGUCAGCCUAAGAGGAGGCGAGGUCCCGGGGGCACUCUCCCAGGGCCCGCGAUGCUGAUCCCUGAACUCUGCUACCUGACAGGACUAACUGAUAAGAUGCGUAAUGAUUUUAAUGUGAUGAAAGACUUAGCUGUCCACACUAGACUAACUCCGGAGCAGAGACAGCGGGAGGUAGGAAGACUCAUCGAAUACAUUCACAAAGAUGAUAACGUUCAGAGGGAGCUCCGAGACUGGGGUUUGAGCUUUGAUUCCAACUUACUGUCCUUCUCAGGAAGAAUUUUGCAAGCAGAAAAGAUUCACCAAGGUGGAAAAACAUUUGAUUACAAUCCACAAUUUGCAGAUUGGUCAAAAGAAACAAGAGGUGCACCAUUAAUUAGUGUCAAGCCACUAGAUAACUGGCUAUUGAUCUAUACUCGAAGAAAUUAUGAAGCAGCCAAUUCAUUGAUACAAAAUCUUUUUAAAGUUACACCAGCCAUGGGCAUACAAAUGAAAAAAGCAGUAAUGAUUGAAGUGGAUGAUAGAACUGAAGCCUACUUAAGAGUGUUACAGCAGAAGGUUACAUCUGAUACCCAGAUAGUUGUGUGUCUUUUGUCCAGUAAUCGGAAGGACAAAUACGAUGCUAUAAAAAAAUACUUGUGCACAGACUGCCCUACUCCGAGUCAGUGUGUGGUAGCCCGCACUUUGGGCAAACAGCAGACAGUCAUGGCCAUCGCCACCAAGAUUGCCCUUCAGAUGAACUGCAAGAUGGGGGGAGAGCUGUGGAGGGUCGACAUGCCUCUGAAGCUGGCGAUGAUAGUGGGUAUUGACUGUUACCACGACACCACAGCUGGACGGAGGUCAAUCGCAGGAUUUGUUGCGAGCAUCAAUGAAGGGAUGACCCGUUGGUUCUCUCGCUGUGUAUUUCAAGAUAGAGGACAGGAGCUAGUGGACGGCCUCAAGGUCUGCUUGCAAGCGGCUCUAAGGGCUUGGAAUAGCUGCAACGAAUACAUGCCCAGUCGGAUCAUUGUGUACCGGGAUGGUGUUGGAGAUGGGCAGCUGAAGACGUUGGUUAACUAUGAAGUACCGCAGUUUUUGGAUUGCCUAAAAUCUGUUGGUAGAGGUUACAACCCAAGACUAACAGUAAUUGUGGUGAAGAAACGAGUGAACGCCAGAUUUUUUGCUCAGUCUGGAGGAAGACUUCAAAAUCCACUUCCCGGAACGGUUAUUGAUGUUGAGGUCACCAGGCCAGAAUGGUAUGAUUUUUUUAUCGUGAGCCAGGCAGUGAGAAGUGGUAGUGUUUCUCCCACACAUUAUAAUGUCAUCUAUGACAGCAGUGGCCUGAAACCUGACCACAUCCAGCGGCUAACUUACAAGCUAUGCCAUGUAUAUUAUAACUGGCCAGGUGUCAUCCGCGUUCCUGCGCCUUGCCAGUAUGCCCACAAACUGGCAUUCCUUGUGGGCCAGAGUAUUCACAGAGAACCAAACCUGUCACUCUCAAAUCGCCUUUACUACCUCUAACCGACAGAAGACGACAAGAUGUAGCUGCUUAUUUCUUUUGAAAUUAUAACUUUGGGAAUUUUUUAAAGCUUUUUGUUUUUUUUAACUGUUACCUUUCUAGAUGAAACUUGGGAAGCAAAUUAAGAGAUCUGGAGUCUAUUCCUAACAUUGUUAUUAACUGACUUAUUUUAUAGAUAAAACUAAGAUUUUAUAUUUUACCUUGUUUGCUUCUCAUAAGUGUGUAGUAAGGAUAUUUUCUGUUGGUUUUGAUAAACUGUGGAUAAAGUACUUUGUAUUAUAAACCGGCACUCACACUAUUUGGAAAUAGUGUUGGCUGUUUAUUUGAAAGUACUUUCGGGAGUGAGCAAGUUCUACUUGGAAGCCUAGAUUAGCCUUAUUUUUUGAAAUAUUUAUUUUGAAUUUAAAGGAGAGAGAAGACGUAUAGGUAGGAACCUCACUGCAAUCAUUAGUAGCAUUUUAUUUGGAUAUCUGAUGGCUCUUACAUCUUAAAGAUAAAAGCCACUAUUAAUAAGUUCCCUAUACAAGGUAUAGGAAAGAUGUCAGACUGUAUGGGAACAUAAGCUUCUUUCCUUAAACAUUUUUUUUUUUUGUGGCUAGGUGGUAUGAAGGUAAAAAAAGAUAGUUGAAAAGUUUUACAUUUCUGUUCAAAGAAACAUUUUAAGACUGUUGAGGCAAGUAGUCAAGACCUAUAUUAAUACUAUUUUAUUUUGUUUAGCAUCAUCUCCCCUUUCUCUGCCCUCAUUCUAUUCCUUAUAAAAUAAAAUUGAAGCAACU